AUGGCAGAGAGUGAAUUGUCAUUGAUCAAUAAGGUUGAAUUGCGUAUAGCAUUAGCAUCAGAUGAUACACAGUUUGAACAUGCUUUGAGUUUAUAUCUUGCCCCAGUUUUACUUAAAUUGGCAAGUCCACAUGCCGAAGUUAGAAAGACAGUACUUAAGAUUGUUCAGCAUUUGAUCCCAAGAAUUACGGCAUCUAGAAAUAUCAAACUUCCAGUCAAUGCACUCAUAAAGCAAGUGAAAGUUCCUAGUGUUAAAGAAGGUGUUGACACAUCGUCUGUACGGUUGUAUUCAACAUUGUUUAUUAUUCGUGGAAUUGAUAGGUUAACUGAUGAGGAGAAAUCGUUAUUGGUUCCGGAGGUGGUGCAAGGCAUUCACUUGUACCCUAAUGGCAUUAGAGCAAGAAUGUUCAGUAUUCUCUGUAAAUUAUUACAGUCCUGGAAAACUCCAUUUAAGGGAACACAAGAGUAUGACAAUAUGAGAAAAGUUCUCCAAUUUGAUGAAAAUCUUGAGGAUGAAAGAUUCUUGGCUUUUAUUAUGAGUAAAUUUUUGUUACUUUUACCUGAUUCUGCAUCUAAAGCUACCCCUGGAUUGAGUAUUGAAGACAAUGCAUUUUUUACUACUGAGGCUGGUGUAACUUAUAAGACGAAAGAAGAAGUUGUUGUGACAAAACGUUCCAUACUCGAGUUUUUGAAAGCUGGUUUUUCAAAUGAACAAUUGGCAUUGCCAUUGCUUAUAGCUUCAGCAGAUCCGUUAUCGACCAUUGGUGAGUCAGCAGAAGUGCUUUUUAAAAAGUUGAAUGUUGAUUUUGAUAGCAUUUCGGUAUUUGGUGGAAUUUCAUUUAUUGACCACAUUGUGGGGUUAUAUUUGGGUGAAAGUGCACCUCCAGUAGAUUCAAGCUUACAAUAUAGGAUUCUUCAAGUGUUGGUCAAGAGUAACCAAGUGCGUUGCCACUCCCAAAUAUCAAAAAUAACCACCUUAGCAUUGAAUUCGGAUAAUUCCAGAGUCAGACAAUUGGCAAUUGAACUUAUUCUGUGGCUCGGAAAAUCAGAAACUAUGAUUAGCGGAAUCGAAAAGUAUAAUCAAGAAAUUGCAACCAAGUUGAGAGAUGGUAUAUUAGCAGAGGGCUGGCCAAGUAUGGAAACUCAAGGACUGGUGAAUUAUCUGAUUAGAUUCAAAGAUAGACAAUCGAAGUAUGAGGCAUUGGGGAACAUAUUGAAAUCUAGCCCGGAUUUAUUCUACGAAGAUUGGUCAUAUGUUGAAUUUUUAUUUGAAUCUCUUGAAGGAGAUUCUGCAGAUUUCAGAAUCGCAAUCCAAGAUGCAUUGUCUGGUUUGAGUGUUCAUUUGUCUAAUUUGUCAGAAAGCCAGAAAUCAUCUUUAAAGGAAUUAUCAAGAAGAUAUUUGGCGUUCUCUAGAUCAAGCAGUGUGAAUACUAGUGCAUGUCGCUAUAUGGCAAUAAAGUACAUUAAUGCAGCAUUCCCGUUCGAAGACCCUCUUGCUAGAUUCUUCUGUGUUCUUGGAACUGCAAAAGAGAAUUCGCCAGAUACAAUUGAAGAAUCUCAGAAUGGUUUGCAUCCACAUUGGUUUAACCUUCGUCAAGCUAAUAACUCCCUUGAAUUUAGAUCAACAUCUUAUUUACUAGGUCAAGAAACCACUGUAACUUUCCCAUCGUUUGAAUCAUUUAUAAACACCCUUGUGGAUGAAAUAGAACUGUCUAAACGCACUGGGGAAGGUAUCAUCUUUCAAGCCCUUCCUAAAGCCAUUGAAUUUUCAGAACAAAUAUUGGUUAUGGGAUCUAUUAAGGACAACGAUACUGUUGUAAUUGCAGAUCAGGAUUGGGCUAUAAGAGUAGAGAAAGCGGUUGAAAUGAAUGAAAAGGUUAGAAAAUUGAUAGCGGAAAGAAUGAAAGCAGAGGAUAUUCAAACUCCAGUUUGUAAAUUAAUGUCGAUUUGUAUUGAUGCCCUCACUGGACAAUUUAUUAAUUCAACUUCAAUUGUAAGUCAUACAUCUUAUGGAACUAUAUUGGCAAGGUUACUUUCGUUUGCAUCUUCCCCUGCUAUUGCAAUGAUGAUCCCGAGAAUUCCUGAUCUUUUUGAAUUGUUGGAUUCCAAAGUUUUCAAUGAUUUGGCCGUUGAACAAAUAUGUAAGGCAAUUGGUAUAAUUGCAAGUCAUCCUGAAAAUGAUGAUGCAAGUAUUGAGAGUAUCUUCAAGAGAAUUUCAUUCGAAGAUAUGGUUCCUCAUAAGAUUAAAGGAAGAGUAUUGUGUUCAUCUUAUUUGAUUUCCAGAUUAAUUUUGAGAGAUAGAAUAGGGGUUGUUUCUAGUUCUAUACUUCAAUCACUUUUGGAGUGUCUUGAAAAAAUGUUAAAGGAAUCAGGUCUUUAUUAUAUUGCAUUAGAUUCUAUUUCGCAAUUAUGUAUGUUUGGAACUUUAGGCCCAAUUAUCAAUCAAGAUCUAAUUAACUACAUCGAAAAAUUUAGAGAGAUAAUCCGAGCAAAAGUCAAGAAAAUCGACGAAAGGUCUGUCCUAGCACUUGGUUAUUUGACAUUGACGAGUGAAAGACAAAUCACCGAGGAAAUGACAGAAGACGAACAAAUAAUAUAUGACACACAUAUUUCCAAACAAAUUGAAUAUAUCUUCACCUCUAGUGAAGCUCUCCUAUUGGCAUCAGCAGGUUGGGAUUCAAAACUAUUGGACAAGCAAUUGGAUAUUCAAGGCGAAUCGGUCAAGUACAUUAGUCGUGAUACUUCUCGUGUCGAAAUCAUUUUGAAGACCGUUUUAAAGGCAUGUUCAAAUACAAAGCCGUCCUUAAGGAAAGCUGGUUGUAUUUGGCUAUUAUCGUUAGUUCAAUAUUGUGGACACCUUGAGGUAGUCAGAUCUAGGGCACCGGAGUUGCAUGUUUCAUUUAUGAGAUUUUUGGCUGAUAAAGACGAACUUAUUCAAGAAUCGGCAUCAAGAGGGUUAGGUUUAGUCUAUGAAAUGGGAGAUGUAGAAUUGAAAGAUACUUUGGUUAAAUCGUUAUUAAAAUCAUUUACUCAAUCUAGCACAACUGCGAAAUUCACAGCUGGUACAGUUGAAGAAGACACUGAAUUAUUUGAACCGGACUUGUUGAGAACUAAUGAGGGAUCUGUAUCGACGUAUAAAGAUGUUUUAAAUUUGGCCCAGGAUGUUGGUGAUCCAAGUUUGGUAUAUAAAUUUAUGUCGCUUGCAAAGUCAUCUACUUUGUGGUCAUCGAGAAAAGGAAUUGCCUUUGGGUUGGAAUCAAUUUUGUCACAGACUUCUUUGGAUAAAUUAUUAGCGAAUAACCAGAAUUUAGCAGAUAGGUUAAUCCCGAAAUUGUUUAGAUAUAGAUAUGAUCCUAAUAUUGGUGUUUCCAAAUCGAUGAACGAUAUUUGGAAUGCUCUUGUGAAGGAUACUUCCAAAGCAGUGGUCGCCAAUUUUAAUACAAUACUUUCAGAAUUAUUGAGUAGUAUGGGUAAGAAAGAGUGGAGAACUAGACAAGCCAGUACUGCUGCAUUGAACGAUUUAUUACAAAUGGUUGAAUUAGAUCAAUAUGAAUCUAAAUUAGACGAUAUUUGGACUAUGAGUUUCAGAGCUAUGGAUGAUAUUAAAGAGAGUGUUCGUAAAGAAGGUAUUAAGUUAACUAAAUCUUUAGCUACUAAUUUAACCACCAUGUUUGAAUCCAAUCGUUAUUCCAAUAAAACAGAAAAGAUUUCUUCGAUUUUACAAUUUUUGAUUCCAUUUUUCUUGGGUAAUAAAGGGUUAUUAUCAGAUUCACAGGAAGUCAGAGACUUUGCAUUAGCUACCCUUUUAAAAUUGUGUAAAUCGGGAAAUAAGGCAAUUAAAGUAUAUGUCCCUGAACUUAUUGAAAACUUCAUUAAUCUUUUCUCCAGUUUAGAACCGCAAUUUGUCAAUUAUUUAGUUUUGAAUGCAUCUAAAUACAAUAUUGAAAGCAAUGUUAUUGAUGCAACCAGAUUGAAAAAUGUUGGGAAUUCACCAUUAAUGGAAGCAAUUGAGAGUUUAUUAGGACAAUUGGAUGAAGAAACAUUGCCAGAUUUAGUUAGACGUUUGGAAACAUGUAUAAAGAAAGGUGUUGGAUUACCAACUAAAGUCAGUGGGUCAAGAGUGCUUGUUUCAUUAAUCACAAAUCAAUAUGAGUUAAUUAAACCAUAUGGAGAUAAAUUACUUCAAGUUUCCCUGUCGCAGAUGAAAGAUCGUAAUGAUACUGUUGCACUGAGUUAUGCAGCUGCUCUGGGAUAUUUAUGUCGGAUUGCUAAAGUUGACACUAUUGUUAAAUAUUCUGAAAAAAUCACCAAGAUGUACUUUGAAUCUGCCGAAGUUGGAGAUGAUAGACUGAGAAUUUUGGCAUCAAUUGCAAGUGAAUCUGUUUCACGAUAUGCUGGUGAUCGGUUUGAUAUUGUUGCUUCGGCAUUUUUACCUUUAGCUUAUAUUGGGAAAUUUGAUUCUAAUAAACAAGUGGUGAAUAAUUUCGAUAAGGAAUGGAUCGAACAUACAAGUGGUAGUAAAUCUACUGUUAAGUUAUAUCUUAUUGAAAUUCUUGAUUUUAUUCAACGAUAUUUAAAAUCGAAUGAAUUUGCUGUGCGUAAAACAUUAGCUAAGGCAUUAUCUGAUUUAUGUACCGUGAUUGAUAAUUUGAAUCAAUUUUCGGAUAAAGUAAUCAAUGAGAUCUUAGAACUACUUUUAGAAUCAAACAAGGGAAAAUCAUGGGAUGGAAAAGAGUUGGUAUUUGAAUCAUUGGUUUCAUUCGCAAUUAUGUCCAAAUCAUAUAUUUCCAAACAUGAAGAUAUCCUCCAAGCGAUUAACAAAACAGUCGUGGUUGAAGCAAAAAGAAGAAACAAGGAAUAUCAAAAACAUGCCAUUCUUACUUUGGGUAAAUAUAUCCAUGAAUUCCAUGAGAAUGAAGAGAUUGUGGAAGUCUAUAUUGAAAUCAUGACUAAAGUGUUGAGUGAUAAGUAUUGGCGGUCGGAUUAUAAUGAUGAUGAUGAUAGUGAUGAGGAAAUGGAAGAUGGAGACCGAGUCAUAAAUACAAAGGAAAACAUCGAGUUGGAAGAAAAGAGAUUAGUUUAUAUUCAAAACUUUGUUGAUGUAUUCUAUACUGAUCCGGAAUUUAAUCCGGAAUUGUUUAAUUUCAUUUUUGAACAAUUGAAUGCUGUUUUCAAUUCUAGUUUGAUUGAGAAUACUUGGAGAUCAAAAUUACAAGCAACGGAAGUAUAUAAGAAGAUCUUAACUGAAUUAGAAACGAAGAAAAUUUCUUCCGAUCAAUGUAAAGUUUUAUUGAAUUCGUGGAAGGUAUUACAAGGACAAUGUUUGAAUAUUAGAGAUAUCGAAAAUGUAAAGGUUCAAUUCAUAAGAUUAUCCUUCCAAUUGAGUAAAUAUUUUGAGAGUUUGAAUAUGGGUGACAAAGCACAGCAUAUUAAGCUGGAGCUUGAACAUUUUCAAAAGAUUGAAUUGUCGAGUGUUGUGUUAACAGAACUUCAAAAGGGUGAGAUUUAG